AAACGAUGAUUAUGAUAAGUUACUUUCCUUAUUCCUCAGUGUUGUUGUUAGCUAUCGGGCUAACCGUUGAGUUAAUCGAGGCGGGUGUCGCCCAGCAUCUGACAAACAUCGUUUAUUUAUUUCACAGAGAUUAACAGAUUGAAGUAAACGUUAUUAACUUUAACAUGCAGCGUGUUGUAAAUUAUUGCUCAUUCGGUUAAUAAUUCUUCAUUUAGAUAAUUAAAAGUGUCCGAUGGGUCGAGGAAAUAUCAGCCUCAAGAUGACUGGAGAUACUGAUCUUGAAAUUGAAGAGGCUUUCCGGCGGGCACAGAAGGCUCAUAAUAACAAGGCCAAACUGGUUGCCAGUUUGAAGAACAGAUAUGUUAAGUUGGAGGAUAAGACUGAAUUUCAUGAGGAGUUCAUCCGCUGUCUGAAGUAUGCCAUGAUCAUUUACACCCGGGAGCCAGCUGUGGAGAACGUCAUUGAUUUUGUCACAAAGUUUGCUGCUGCUUUUGAAACGCCUGUUAAUGAGGAGGCUGAAGAGGAAGAGGAGGAGGAAGAUGACAAUGAAUUUUUGAACUUCCUUUUUACCUUCCUGCUGGAGUCUCAUGUUGCAAACAGUCAUGCGGUCCGCUUUCGUGUGUGCCAGCUGGUGAAUAAGUUGCUGGGUAGUCUGAGUGAAAACGCUCAGAUAGAUGAUGAUCUGUGUGAUAGGAUACAUGAAGCUAUGCUGGUCAGAGUCACAGACAAAUACCCUAAUGUCAGGAUACAAGCAGCACUGGCAAUGGCUCGACUUCAAGAUCCCAGUAACCCUGACUGCCCGACUAUUAAAGCAUAUUUGUUGCUUUUGGAAAAUGACUCAAACCCUGAGGUUCGACGAGCUGUGCUGUCUUGCAUCGCUCCCUCGGCUUCAACACUCCCUAAAAUCUACAAGCGCACCAGGGACGUCAAAGAGAAAGUCAGGAAACUUGCGUAUCAGGUGCUUGCAGAAAAAGUGCAUCUUCGAGCUUUGACCAUUGCUCAGAGAGUUAGUCUACUGCAUGAAGGCCUCAGUGACUCUGCAGACUCUGUGAAAGAAGUUGUUAAAACCCAUUUGCUGCCCGCAUGGCUUCGCUUGGUGCAAGGAGAUGUGUUACAGCUGUUGCACAGACUGGAUGUAGAGAACUGUGCCGAAACUGCAGUGACCACCCUGCAUGCCAUCUUCUCCAUGGCAACAAGUUCUGAUGAUCUCUUGAAAAAUGCUGCUGGGUUGGAUGAGAGGAAACUAAUUCCUGUGGAUUCGCUUACGUGUGAAAAUGUGUUGUACUGGAGAGCAUUGUGUGAGUUUGUCAAAAGUAAAGGAGAUGAGGGAGAGGAAAUACUGGAGCAAUUACUGCCUGAAGCAGCCAUAUAUGCAGAAUAUUUGUACAGUUUUCUGAAGAGCAUUUCUGAGCUGUCUGAAGAGCAGAGAGCUGAUAUGACACAGCUUGAGAUAGUGAUGACCCAGCAGUUUGUUGGACAGCAGUUGAUUCUGCUAGUAGGGUGUUUGGACACUUCUGAAGAGGGUGGCAGGAAGCGCAUGGUGGCAGUACUACAAGACAUUCUUGUGCUGCCCAACACGCCCAUCUCUCUGAUUGGUCUGCUGGUUGAAAAACUGACUGGCAUUCUACGAGACGACACGCAGAAAAUUCAAGUGGUUGCUGAAAUAAUCUCUGAUGUGAGAGAGCCCAUCCUGCCCAUUGCUGAACCUGUGGAUGAGAAUGAAAAACGCAGGAAACAAGUCAGACUAGCUGAGGUGCGAGUGCAGAUAAUGGAGGCAAAGCAGAGUCUAGAAGAGUGCAUCAGCUGUCAGGACUUCAGUCAUGCAGCUGAGCUGAAGGAUACGAUCUCUCAACUGGAGGAGCUCAAGAACCAGCUCGCCCUGGAGGCCUCACAGUCUGCUGAUAAUAUUAAGGAGCAGCGUGUGGAAAAGAGUGAUCCAGAGACUCUGUUGAAAUGUCUGACGAUGUGUGCCGAGUUAUUCAAGCAAAUGAACAUCAAGAGAGGAAUCUGCCCUACCAUGAAUGCUCUGAUAGAGUCACUGAUUUUGCCAAGUGUGUCAAAUCCCAACCCUGCUGUCCGUAACAUGGCGAUCAUCUGCCUGGGAACCGCUGCGCUACACAGCAAAGACCUUGCCAACACGCACCUUGUGCUGCUCUUGCAGAUCACACAGCUAGAUGAACCUAAAAUCAGGAUCAGUGCUCUCCGCGCUCUGAUCGAUCAGCUUUUGCUCAACGGCCUCAACAUCCUGCAAGACAAGCCGGCCCCUCCUGUCUCCCAAUCACCUGACUCACCAGACAUCAGUAAUGGAAACUCUAACCAAUUAGCUAAGGAUGAGGAGGAGAGUACCGUCCAGAGCAUUCUGAAGAUGCUCUCAGAAUUCCUUGAUAGCGAGAUCUGUGAACUCCGCACUGAAACGGCAGAGGGUCUGGCCAAGCUUAUGUACUGCGGCAGAAUCGUAAGUCCGAAGCUUCUCUCCCGUCUUUUGCUGCUGUGGUACAAUCCUGUAACCGAGGACGACCAAAGACUACGCCAUUGCCUAGGGGUGUUCUUACAGCUCUAUGCCCGGGCGAGCAGAGCAAAUCAAGAGUGUGUGGAGGAGAGCUUCCUGCUGACCAUGAGGACACUGUUUAAUGCUCCUGUGACCUCUCCUUUGUCUGAGGUGGACACGUCCAACGUAGCUGAGCUUUUUGUUGAGUUAACACGACCCAGUGCUCUUGUACAACCUGCUGCUGUACAGGGGGCAUCUGUUCAUGAUUCCCUGGCAGUGCGUGUUUGUAAUGAGAUCUUGAGGGAUGUCACCGCUCCUGAGGUGCGUCUCUAUUGUAAGACACUCAGCUGGUUGGAGAUCACCACUGAACCAGGACCUGCCAAUGAUGAAUUGCAACUCUUAUUAAAAGACAUUUUACAGGAGGUCAAAGAUAAAUACUGUAUAAGGGUUAUCGAGAAACUGCGUAACCAGCUCAAUGGAGAUCGUUCUGCUAAAUCAGCCAGUAACCAGGACACAACUUUGAUUUCCCUGGAUGACAACACGGAAGAGGCUGUGAACAAAGAUGAGACCAAACCUAAACGUGCCAAAAGAGGCCCGAAAAAAGCAUCCACUGCAAAACAUGGAAGGAAAGCCAGUAAAGCAGACGUGUCCUCUGAUGAAAGUGAUGAAGAGAAUGUUCCUGAAGUCCCUCCAUCAGUGCGACCAAGUCGACGUGCCAAGAUGGCUGCUUUGGAUAAAACCAAACAGGAUCUGACUGCUCUCAUGAACCAAGAGGCCAAUGGUUCUUAAGUCAAUUCAUGAAUUCUAGAUUUAAAAAUAUGCUUUUUGCCUUCUCUAUCUUAUGGAUGCUACAUUGUAAAAGUCAGCAGUCUAGUAUAAAAACGAUUGGUCCUCAUAAUGAAUUUCUUUUUGCAAUCUUAAUUGUUUUUUAACACUUGAGCUAACAGUAUCAAGGUCUUUUGUUAAUAAAUCUGUGUAGUUGUUUUAAUCUUUUGUGGUACUAAUUUUAAAAUGCAAACAUAGCUCCCUGAAGAGCUUUCAUGUGUAUUAUUUUUAUAUAUCACACAUUAAAAUGUAUUGCAGUUUUCGAUUGGAAUAACAAAAACAACC